UGCUGAGAGCGGUUGAGAGCGCGGUGUUGUGGCUAGCUUGAUAGCAUCGCGUUUGUCAAGGCGGCCUUUCACAGAGAAACUUCAAGUCAUAAAAAAUGUUAGUCCAACUCCAGAAGUGGAAUGAAAAGAAAAGGUUCUGAAAGUGGAAAAACGUAUUCUUAUUAGUUGUUGACGCGCGCACAGCGUACCGGAAGCUGCAGAGUGAAAACGACUUUGACUUCCGCCGGCUCCACAUUGAAGUGACAGUCCUGUAGAAAGUUUGAGGCGAGGAGCUCAUCAGACCUUCUGCACUUUGUGACACUUAACGAGCUGACUGAGAGCAUGCCGCAGCUGGGUCACGUGCUGCUGACCAGCCCCGUGUCCACCUCCACCGUGGAGCGGUCAUACUCGGCUCUGAACGCCAGAACCAGAACCAGUACUGGACCGGAUCGCCUGGGAGCUUUGGUACUGAUGUCCAUAGAGAAAGGACUUGUUUUGGAGCUCAAGUCAAAGGCGAAACUUCACAAGGAAAGACCGAGAAUGGAUGUGGUGUUCAUGUAAGGGUAACCAGGACACACCGGCACCACCGGACCCAUCCAUGGCCCAGGCAUACCAAUCAGCCCAGUUUGCCCCUACUCCCCAGAACGGCAUUCCAGCUGAGUUCACAGCUUCACACCCCCAUCCACAUCCCCACGCCCAUCCACAUCCACACCAGCACUCGGCAGCACCACAGGACUACACUGGAGUCCAGGCCUCUGUCAGUGAACAUCCACUCAACAUGUACCAGUCCUCGCAGAGCCACAGUGAACCAGGCGGCUCAGACUCCGGCAGUCAGAUAGUCACCGGCACAGCCACACAGACAGAUGACGCCGCGCAGACAGACAGUCAGCCGACAACACAGACUGCACCUGAAAGCACAGACAGCAAGGCCCAGCCCAAAAGACUUCACGUCUCCAACAUCCCCUUCAGGUUCAGAGACCCAGACCUCAGGCAAAUGUUUGGCCAAUUUGGCAAAAUCUUAGAUGUGGAAAUCAUCUUCAACGAGCGUGGUUCAAAGGGUUUUGGAUUCGUAACAUUCGAGCACAGUGUGGACGCCGACAGAGCCAGAGAGAAGUUACACGGCACCGUGGUAGAAGGUCGUAAAAUAGAGGUCAACAAUGCAACAGCCCGAGUGAUGACAAAUAAGAAGACAGUCAACCCUUAUGCAAAUGGCUGGAAGUUAAAUCCAGUGGUCAGUGCUGUCUACAGCCCAGAAUUCUAUGCAGUACCAGGUUUUCCGUACCCAGCAGCCAGUGCAGCAGCAGCAGCAGCAGCAGCAGCAGCAGCAGCAGCAGCAGCGUCGUACAGAGGAGCCCAUCUACGAGGUCGAGGACGGACUGUGUACAACACAUUUAGAGCGGCUGCUCCUUCUCCUCACCUCCCAGCUUAUGGAGGUGUUGUUUACCAGGAUGGAUUUUAUGGUGCAGAUAUUUAUGGUGGUUACGCUGCCUACAGAUAUACCCAGCCUACUGCUGCCACAGCUGCUGCCACAGCUGCUGCCUACAGCGACAGUUACGGACGAGUAUAUGCUGCUGACCCCUACAACCACACACUCACUCCAGCAGCCACAUACAGCGUUGGUGCCAUGAACGCCUUCACCCCACUGACAGAUGCCAAAACUCGGAGUCACGCUGACGACGUAGGGCUGGUGCUGUCCUCUCUCCAGGCCAGUAUAUACCGAGGAGGCUACAGUCGCUUCGCACCCUACUAGAGAACAGACCUCCGCCCUAUAACCAACCUUCCAAUGGGAGAGACCUAAAGUGUGUGUGUGUGUGUGUGUGUGUGUGUGUGUGUGUGAGUGUGUGAGCGUGUGAGCGAGUGAGAGAGGACAGGAACUAUCAGAGGAGAUAUGUUACUAAGGCCCGGGUAUUGCAAUACAUGCAGUUUGUGCAUCAUUUCAGCAUCUCCUAAGAGAGAAGUACAAAAAAAAGAAUAAUAAGAAUUUAAUGACAGCUGAUAUUUUUCAUCUUAUACCUCAGAUAUUUUGUGCUGUGUAUUUUGAUAUUGUGGGUUUUUAAUUUCUAAAGAUUUAAGCAUAGAUUAUUAGCUGUAGAGGUUGUUUUUUUUUUCACGGUACUAAGUGAGAGCUGCUAGAGUAAAGAUUAGGACCCUGAAGGGAUAUUUAUCAGAUUCAAACUGUUAGGGUUUGUAUAGAACACCAAACCUGUAGAAUAUGACAUAGUCACACUGAGGGUUUAAUGUUUUUUCAAGAGUGUUUUAAUGACUAUGAGAGUCAAGUUGUGCUUGUUUUACUUCUCUCAUCUUCAUUUGUCAGUUUAUUUAGCAAUGAUAGAAUUGUUUUUAUUUACCUUGGUUUGAGAGGAAGUUGAAACAAGUUGAGUUAUCUUGUUUGAGUGAAUCUUCUGAGGGCAUGACGGGCAAAUUAGAGGUGGCGCUGCGAUCUCCAGGAUCUCCCAGUCUCCAGAAUUGAAUGUUGCCGCUGUACAUUUCUGCAAACCACAACUACGUGAACUCAAAUGAUUUUACCUUUUGUAACGUCUGAGUUGAGGGUGACGAUAACCAUUAUCCUGGUUAUGAAUGUGGAGGUUAGUGCUCAUAAAUCAUCAGGGCUUUUCCUCAUCAAUGCGACAACUAAAUCAAAUGAAAUACUUGAACGUCCCCAUAAUAGUGUUAAUUCCAUCCAAACGCCUCACCAUCUUUUGUGCUUGUGACCCAUGAGAACUUCUUGUUUCCUUGAGAAAACACUGUCAAUUCCAUAAAGCCACGUGGGCCUGUCCUCACAACACUGUAAAAUCCAUAAUUGUUCUUCACAAAAACAUUGCAUUGCUGGAUAAAUCCAUACUGGGAUGUCUUCACAACACAAUAACAUCCAUAUUAACACACUGCAUUACACUGUAAAUACAGCAAAUACUUUCCCAAUUUCCCAAAAUGUGACAUUCAAGCAUUUUUUUUUCUUUUCACAAUAUGCAAAUUAAGGCUGGGCGAUAUGGGGAAACAAAUGUUAUCAUGAUAUACUUGUUUAUAUCAUUUGAUAUCACGAUACAAGUCAAAUUAGUAUUUCUGUAGGGCUUAUAAAUGAUAUCUUGAUAUUUUUUAAAAAGCUGCACACAGUUUGUUUCUCUGGACUCAUGAAAAGUUUCAUUUUGAGAUGUUUGUGGUUCUCAAAGGAGAGUACUUGCCUAUAAAUAAAUAUGGUCAAAUUCUAUAAUCAAUAAAUACAUAAUUAGGCUUAAAAUUAAAUAAAAACAAAUAUUUAUCAAUAAGUACAAUAUUUAAUUGCAUAAUAUUUAGUAAUAGUAUUAACAAUAUCAUUAAUCAAUGCAACAAUGCAACAUAUAUCACGAUAUGAUGAUGUCUCAUGUCACCAUAUCAAUAAAAUGUUGAACACUUGCCCUGCGUGCCACAUAAAAGCAUAAAAGCAUAACAGCACACUCGUGAAAAUGUAUUUUCUCUUCAGAAUGGACAAAUGUUUGCAGCAACAUUUAUCUGUGAGAUAGGCUCAGAUGCUGAGAGCAGUAGUGGAUCAUAUUUCUUGUCUAUAAUCUCAAAAAUCAUGACUAUUUAUCUUGUUAUCUCAUAACAUUGCACGUUUAUAAUUAUUUCUGCCAUAUUAAGUUAGGAAAGUUGCUUAGAUCAUAUCAACACAAGGUGUUCUUACGUUGCUCCAUGAGAUCAUUCACGUUCCACAUAUGGAAACAAUCGCUGAGGCCUUUGUUCUUCUUCUCUGAUCACAUCAUUAGUUCCUGUGGCUGUGUGAAUUAGAUGAGCUAAUAAUUAUUGGGCGUCUUGUAAAUGCCAGAUGUUUAUCAUGUCGCAUUAGAAGAUAAGCAACUCACAAUUGUAACAUAUGAUGUCAUAACUACAAAUGAGUUGUAGCGCUUGUUGUUCAUUAGUUGAAUUCAAUAAGUGAGAUAUAAUGUGCAGUCAGCCGAUCAUUACUGUGGAAAAGAAAUAACCAACAGAUCAGUGUAGAAUCACCCUGUCACAAUAAUGUCCAGCUCGCACAUUAUAUUGUUAAGUACAUAGCUAAUCCCUGUAAAUAUGACUUAUGAAUUAUUAUUAUUAUUAUUUUUAAGGAUUUAGAAGUAAUUGUAUUGCAUUCACUAAAUGAAAUAGUCCUUGGGGGUUGGAACUGCGUCCACAGCAACUUAUUUCCCCGUCCUCUGAGCAUUUAAGCUCCUUCGCUCCUGCUGCGCUGCUUUUUGUCCUCUUUUUCUUUUCUUAAUUGGACAAAAAUGUCAGCCAUUAACCACAAAGUGGAUGGUUACACUGUAACCUUGGUUCUCUGAGUGGAGAGACUAUAUCUGUGCUCCAAUUAAGGUUAACUAGAGUGGCCCUGCAGGCAUGGUGCUUAUAUAGACACCGACUGCCAAUUAGUGCUUGGCCAACACAGGUGAUGUGUCCUAAACCCCAGUCUCACGAGUCAAAAACCGAUUGAAACCUGGGUUUAAACAGGGUUUUUAAAAGAGAUUUCUUUUCUUUUUUUAUGUGUUGUGCUUUUUAUCAGCAUUGGCCUGGGUGAAUGCACAAACUUCUAAUAAAACAUGUUUAUUUUUGGCAGUUAUGCAAAAGACAUGCAUUCAUUUUCUGGCCGUUAGCGUAAUUGUUAGCCAUGAAUAUUAGCAGCAAACAUUACUUUUAAAGUGUGGGAUAAAUAGAUGGAGAACUCUUACACUGUCUUUUAGUGGUUGUUAAGUCGUUACCGCUGAGGAAUUCUACAUGGUCUAAAGUUCAAUACAAUUGUAUUUGUAUAGCACACGUUACAUGGAAAGGUCAAGACCUUACAAUAUUUAUGGAGUGACCCAAUAAACAAGCACUUGAUAACAAUGGAGAGACAAAAAGGCUUUUAACACAAAGACCAGAACCAGAACCAGAACCAGUCUACGAACACCUGCAUUGACUGGUUCUCGUAGGUGAGAGGAGAGAGGAAGGGGGGGGGGGCGAGUGUUAGCUGCAUUAUGCACUAAAUUCUGUAACUGAACACUAAACACUGUGAGUUACUUCUGCAGACACCAACAAAACCUCCUGUAUAGACAAUUAGGAAGUGACUGUGCAAUAUCGCAAAUUCAAUGGUCGAUUGAAUGAAGGACAAUAAAAAAUAGAAUAUAGUAACUAUAUUGUUGUUGCAACAAGACGUCGCUCUUGUUUUAAUGUCUCUUAUUGGUCACUGCCUGGUUUUCAAAAAGUCCAUUGCCAGUAAGCUGUCAACCAAACUGUGGCGAUGUUUGUCAGUCGGGUAUUUGCGGAGGUUAUUAAGAGUUUAGCGUUUAACGAUUAACACAAUUUAGCGGAGGCUGUGCACAGAGGAAUACAAACUGAAAUGCCCUUAUCCAUGUUGUAUCCCUAACUACUAAAGGACAAUGUAAAUGUUUAUUACCUAUACUGGAAAUUGUAAUUGCUACUGGAGUACCUGGAGCUGGUCUGUAUUAUAGCUGAGGUUGUAUGUGAUGCUCUGUGCACCUUAAUCUAAACUAAGGACUGUAUAUGCAAACAUGUGCGUGACUUCACCCAUGCCAAAGGUUUAUUCCAUUUUGUCUGACAUGCUUCACCUGCUUUCCAGCUUAAAAACAUCACUAAAAGAAAAUAAGGUCAAAGGGUAAAUCCCAUUUAAAGUUUUUGCUCGGGUCACACUGGACCGGGUCAUAGAGAGAAUCAAAGUGGAUCAUAGAAAGUUUUACGAGCCAAUUUGUACCAGAAACCUGAUUUGCUUUGUGUAAUUUACGUCAGGUAAGAGGAUUUACAUAUUUAGUCAUUCUUUCAAAACAAAAGACCUGUUUUUAUGUUAUCUUUGCUCUUGGUAGUGUAACAGAGUGCUUACAUUGUCCUCGUCUUACUUACUUUAGCACCACUUCCUUUCAUCCUUUCAAAAUAAGAGCCACUGACUGCAGCUUUUAAAUACUUUCUGUGUAAAUCUUUUGCCAUAACACUUGGCAAUAAACAUCGCUUUCAGUCGUUAUUCUUGUACACUUUUUAGUGUUACUCUCUUCUUUUUAGGUUUCUGGUAACAACUUGGCAAUAAGAAUAGUUUACAGUCGUAUUUCUUAUUAAGGAAAAUGCACGUUUUUAUGUAACAACUGUCAAAAUAUGUAAGCGGUAACAGGAAGUCGUCAAACUUCGCACAUACGCAGAACUCAUUGGGCUCGCGGUAUCAAAUUGGAUUUUGAUCCUCAGUGUGGACAACACGAGUGCUUAACACAGGUGCUGAAUGGAAGCAUCCAGUGUGGCCCAGGAAUAAUGAUUCCAUGUCUGCUCCUGACAUAAUACGGUAACUGAGUCAUGAUUAUUGAUAAUAAUGAUGCUCUCAGAAGUGUGGUUCAGUGUGUGAGUGAACCUGCAAGUGGGCUGACAAAACACUGGGGUUUUAUCACUUCAAGCCAAAGGUUCUAGUGGACAUAUCUGGCAUGUGUGUGUGUGUGUGUGUGUGUGUGUGUGUGUGUGUAGUCAAGAUUCCACAUCGAUAUGAAUUAUGAGAUAACCAUUUAAUGCUUAGUCCAUGUGCUGAGUUAUGAAAAAGAAUUAGGGCCAGGUGCAUAUGACAAACACACACACAUCUGAGGUUAAAGGUUAAAACCCCCACAAAGCUUUUAAAUAAGAUAUAUUUUGUAUGGUUUUGCUUAAUACUUCUUAUAUCCUGCAAAUGUUUUGUGAUAUCUCGCAAAAACAUUCUAUUUUGGGUUAGUUUAUAUUUGCAAGAUCAAGGAAGACAUUUAGAGAGAUUCCACAAAAGUCCUUUUUUAAAACGUAGAACUGCCACAGUGGAGAUAAAAACCAGCGAAUUCUUGUUAUAACGUGAAAGUUGCUCAUUAUGAAGAGCUGGAGAGAGAUUUAACCAGAUUAAACCAUCCAGAGAGUGUUGAGCAUGUUCAGCAGGGAGAUGUAGUCAGACGAGUCUUAUCCUUCAGCUGUGCAGUGAAAUCAAUGAACUUAAAGUGUGAUGGAUCAGUGAUAGAUCACAGUAAUCAUUUGUCAUUACCUCACUCACACCAGUGUGCAGAAGGAAGCUGAACAUCCAACCUGUUCUCAUCCGAGCAGCAUCUACUAUAUACUGCCGCUCUGUCACAUCCCUCAUCCCGUCGCCUGACAGAUGCACAACUUACGCCUUCUGUGUCUGAAAGACUCCAGUGUGGUUCAUUUAGAUGCUCAGAGCAGCAUGAGGUGAGGGUUAUAGGGACCAGGACAGGACUGAGGUUCAAAGUAGGAUAAAUAUCCAGGUUAGGCUUAGUGGAUGUUCACUGUUGCUCACACUCGAGUCUUCUAUCAGCAUUUCCAUGACCAAUCAUCAAUGAUAAAUACAUAUUAAUAAUAGAGUAUAUAUGUUUCUUGUCAGUGAGUGCUUGGUGUGGGCGGGAAUCACCAGAGACACCAUGAUACCAUGUUAUCAGGAUAUUGCGAUAUUGAGUAUUUAUGAAAUCAUACAGCGCUAGUGAGAGUGAGCAGUUGGCACCAUCUACUGGACGGAAACUAUGCCAAACUUUUAAUGUUUAUUUUUUUGCAUCAAAAAAAGGUGAUUUAAUAUCACCAUGCAAAAUAUCGCAGUAUUUGACUGUAUCCAUCCCUCUCAGUGUGUGAGCUUGAUGCUCACAGUGACGUUAAAGUGUGGAUGGACACUCGGGGCAGCUGCUCUGAGCAGACGCCAAAGGAAACCCUGUGCGUUUGUAAGGUGACGCUGAGGGACGUGGUUGGAAUGAGAACGGGCUGACACAUCACUAAUGGAGACACUCUGUAUGUUCCAGUCCUGACAAGUUCCUGUUGCAGCUGUCAACCUAGCCUCGACACCGUCACAAUCGUCCCGCCCUGAUCCCACAACAAUCAAUCAUUAAAGCCGACUUUAAGGUAAAAAACGAUCUUGUAGUAACGAGAAACUUUAUCGUUAUGACAAGAAAUGGUUCCGACACUUUUUCUCCCCCGUGGCACUUGUUCAUGUCGGUCGUUCAAUAUCCCGACCAGGGAGCUCGAAAACUCACCAUUCCUGAGAAUGACAGUUGAACUUUGAUGCUUCUAAUGUUUUAUGGCACUAAUCCUCUUCCGUACUGAGCAGUGUUAUACUGUAUAUGUAUAUCUCUAUAUCUCUAUAUAGCUCUAUAUCUCUAUAUAGAGAUAUAUAUAUACACAUAUAUAAACUUGCAAUAUAUUCAUUGGUAUAAUUAACAAUUUUAUAUUACAGGAGAGUUUUAAAUAUACAUAUAUGAAGAGCAGUGGCCAACGCUACUGUAUCUAUUUUAUAAUUUUGUCCAAUUGGUUCUGCCUUUGUUAUUUGUUGUUUAUUUCUUUGAAAAUUAGAAUUUGGGGAGGGGGGGCAGGGGUUAAGUAUAAUAAUCCAACAAUGUAUUAUAUUUGAAAUGUGCCGUGAAGAUGUUCUCUUAUAUGAAAUCCACAAUGACAUAAUGUUUUAGAUUUAGAUGACUAGAUCAGUUGUUAGGGCGAGCUAUCUCAUUUUCUAUCAAAUCAUAUUUGGAUCUUUAUUAGCCUCACUCUUUUUAGACACUCUUAGUGACCUGUUCCUUUCUUGUCAACUGUACCAUUUUGCACAUUGUAAUUUUCACAUGAACCUGACACAUAUCAGUGCCGUAGUUGUCAUUUUUCUCUACUGUUUUGUAUCAGUUUCUGAUUGUUUUGUUUUUUUUGCUCUUAAUGUCACAUCUUUGUCUGUUAUUUUGUAGAAACUCAAACUUUACUCUUUGAAAUUUACUGUCUGAAUAUUACAAUACUAAAGAAAUGUGGGAAAUCAAUUAUUUGUGGACAGGCUAAUCUAUGAUGUAAAUAAAGGUAUAUGAUCUAAACCUGUAGUGUAUUUGAAAAGCGCUACAUGGGCAACGGGAGCUCAGCUACGGCUGCAUUGCAAUUCCAGCCUCUGGGCCGGUUCCUCUGCCUUAUUCUGUUUACAACUAUUCUCAAUUUAGUGGUGUCAUAUGUUACAUAUCUCUCUUUUGUAUUUAUAACAAAUUACAUAGGAACAAGUCUCAGAUGAAGCCGUGAGAGCCUCGGUGCCCUUUGGCUCUGCUGGUUUAAACCACCGUCUGUGUGCUGUGUGUGAGGACCAUCGGUCACAGACGGGAAGACUCAUAGUCCUCACCAUGCUGAAUGUCUGACUCCUACAACUACUUUAUCCAAGCUCUGCUUCCAGUAGGUGUUGUGGUUCAAAACAUAGCUUCCUACUUCCUGUUCACUGUAUGUGCAUGCACUAUGGUUCUUCCACUAAUCAAUAACCAUCAAUAAAGUUUGGUUUUCUCAA